AUGUGCAAGUACCACGAGGUGGCAAAGGUGGUGGAGCCCAAGAUUGCAACAAUGCGCUCCGCAGAGGCCGAGUUCAAGAUUGCGAGCAAGGAGAAGAACGCCGCGGAGGAGCGCAUGGCGAUCGUUCAGGGCAAGCUUGACGAGAUGCAGGCGCAGUUUGACGCAGCCAUGGCGCAGAAGCAGGCCCUGGAGGACGCCGCUGCGGCCACGCAGCGCAAAAUGGACAGCGCCACGGCGCUGCUGCACGCGCUGGCAGGCGAGGAGUCGCGCUGGACGGCGCAGUCAAAGGAGUUUGACUCCCAGAUCCAGCGCCUCACCGGUGACUGCGCGGUGGCGUCUGCGUUUGUGUCGUACCUGGGCCCCUUCAACAAGGAGUUCAGGGAGCUGCUGAUGCAGAGGGACUUUUACGGGGACUGCGUGCGCCUGGGCAUACCGGUCACGAACAACAUCCAGGUGACCAAAUUCCUGGUGGACGACGCAGAGGUUGGGGAGUGGGUGCUGCAGGGCCUGCCCACAGACGAGCUCAGCGUGCAGAACGGCAUCAUGGUCACACGCGCCAGCAGGUACCCUGUUCUGGUGGACCCCCAGGGCCAGGGCCGCCAGUGGGUGCAGAACAGGGAGGAGGCCAACCAGCUCAAGGUGACCCAGCUGGGUGACAAGCAGUUCCGUCUGGCCCUUGAGGACUGCCUGGCGUUUGGCAAGCCCAUGCUGAUUGAGAACAUUGAGGAGGAGCUGGACCCGGUGCUGGACCCUGUGCUGGAGCGGCGGCUGGUCCGUAAGGGCAAGAGCUGGGUGGUGCAGCUGGCCGACAAGGAGGUGGACUUCACCGACACGUUCAAGCUCUUCUGCACGACGCGGCUGCCCAACCCGCACUUCACGCCCGAGCUCAGCGCCAAGGUCACCGUGGUGGACUUCACAGUCACCAUGGCCGGCCUGGAGGACCAGCUGCUGGGCAAGCUGAUCCUGAAGGAGAAGCACGAGCUGGAGGAGCAGCGGCAGGCGCUGCUGGAGGAGGUGCAGUCCUACAAGAAGAAGAUCAAGCAGCUGGAGGACGACCUGCUGUUCAGGCUGAGCAACAGCCAGGGCAACCUGCUGGACGACACCCAGCUCAUCGAUGUGCUGGCCGUCACCAAGCAGACGGCACAGGUGACGCCUGGGGUUGUGGGACUGCCAGGAGGAAAGCUGUGUCGUGCUGGAUAG